AUGUAUACUUCUGCUGAACAUGAGCGGAAUUCUGUUACGGCCGACGUAAUGAAGGGCACGAAAUCGAUUGCAUCUUCACUCGGUAUACUUUGCUUGAUGAUCGCCGGUAUUCAUGGGCUUGUUAUCCCGGCAUCCCCAGAGCAAGCCGCAUCUACAAACCUAGUUCAUUCUGGAGGGAAUUCGGGGGAAGAGAUGCAUGCGGAAGUUCAGUGUCAAGGACCAUUUUGCGACUACGUGAUUCCGAAGGCGGAUUCCACAAAUGCUGAAGAGCUGCAUGUGGAAACUCAGUGCCAAGGACCAUUUUGCGACUACGUGAUUCCGAAGGCGGAUUCCACAAAUGCUGAAGAUCUGCAUGCGGAAACUCAGUGCCAAGGACCAUUUUGCGACUACGUGAUUCCGAAGGCGGAUUCCACAAAUGCUGAAGAUCUACAUGCGGAAAGACAGUGCCAAGGACCAUUGUGCGACUCCAAUGCUGAAGAGCUGCAUGUGGAAACCCAGUGCCAAGGACCAUUGUGCGACUCCAAUGCUGAAGAGCUGCAUGCGGAAACCCAGUGCCAAGGACCAUUUUGUGACUCCGUGAUUCCGAGGGCAGAUUCCACAAAUGCUUUGGACGAGACUGCGGACGAGACAAAGGAUGCGGCGGGUACAACCGAAGAUCCGAUCAGCCAAGCGCCAAUGCAUGCUUCGGCCGAAGACAAGCUCAUGGUCCAUGACGAAACUGGGUGUCAAGGGCCGCACUGUGACUUUGUGGUACGCAAUAAGAAGGCCAUCAACAGCGCCGAUAACGGAACCGUCGAUGCGGCCGACAUCGGUACUCUCGAGUCGAAGCACAACCCUGAUUUGGCCGCAGAGACGAAUCAGUCUGAGAAUAACGUCGGUGCGAAGGAUGCCCCUGCAAGGUCCGAAGAUCUGGCUUGA